GGACUGCCGCACGUGGGAAGGCGCGGGCAGAGCGGGCCGCAGCCGCCGCUGUUGCCUCCUUUGCUAGGCCGCCGCAAGGCUUGCCAGCGCCCCGCAUACCCCACCCCCAAACCAGAGGACAGCGCGCCCGGAGCCGCCGUCGCCUCUCGGCGCUCCCAUGAUCGUCCGGUGCCUUUCGGCUGCGAGACGCCUCCACAGGGUUGGUGGUUCCGGGAUUUUAUUGAGAAUGACUUUAGGGAGAGAAGCAAUGUCUCCUCUUCAGGCAAUGUCUUCCUAUACUGUGGAUGGCAGAAAUGUUUUAAGAUGGGAUCUUUCACCAGAGCAAAUUAAAAGAAGAACUGAGGAGCUGAUUGCGCAGACCAAACAGGUGUAUGAUGAUAUUGGAAUGCUUGACAUUGAAGAGGUAACUUAUGAGAACUGUUUGCAGGCACUGGCAGAUGUGGAAGUGAAGUAUAUAGUGGAACGAACCAUGCUAGACUUUCCCCAGCAUGUCUCCUCUGACAAAGAAGUACGAGCAGCAAGUACAGAAGCAGACAAAAGACUUUCUCGUUUUGAUAUUGAGAUGAGCAUGAGAGAAGAUAUCUUUCUGAGAAUUGUUCGUUUAAAGGAGACCUGUGAUUUGGGGAAGAUCAAGCCUGAAGCCAGAAGAUACUUAGAAAAAUCAGUUAAAAUGGGAAAAAGGAAUGGGCUCCAUCUUCCGGAACAAGUACAGAAUGAAAUCAAAGCAAUGAAGAAAAGAAUGAGUGAGCUAUGUAUUGACUUCAACAAAAACCUCAAUGAGGACGAUACCUUCCUUGUAUUUUCCAAGGCUGAACUUGGUGCUCUUCCUGAUGAUUUCAUUGACAGUUUAGAAAAGACAGAUGACAACAAGUAUAAAAUUACCUUAAAAUAUCCACACUAUUUUCCUGUCAUGAAGAAAUGUUGUAUCCCUGAAACCAGAAGGAAAAUGGAAAUGGCUUUUAAUACAAGGUGCAAAGAGGAAAACACCAUAAUCCUGCAGGAGCUACUCCCACUGCGGGCCAAAGUAGCCAAACUACUGGGCUACAGCACACAUGCUGACUUUGUCCUUGAGAUGAACACUGCGAAGAGUACACACCAUGUGACAGCCUUUCUAGAUGAUUUAAGCCAGAAAUUAAAACCCUUGGGUGAGGCAGAACGAGAGUUCAUUUUGAAUUUGAAGAAAAAGGAAUGUGAAGAGAAAGGUUUUGAAUAUGAUGGCAAAAUCAAUGCCUGGGAUCUACAUUACUAUAUGACUCAGACAGAAGAACUCAAGUACUCUGUGGACCAAGAGAUCCUCAAGGAAUACUUCCCAAUUGAAGUGGUCACUGAAGGCUUGCUGAACAUCUAUCAGGAGUUGUUGGGACUCUCCUUUGAGCAAGUGACAGAUGCUCAUGUUUGGAAUAAAAGUGUUACCCUGUACACGGUGAAGGAUAAAGCCACAGGAGAAGUAUUAGGACAGUUCUACUUGGACCUCUAUCCAAGGGAAGGAAAAUACAACCAUGCAGCCUGCUUUGGUCUCCAGCCUGGCUGCCUCCUGCCUGAUGGGAGCCGCAUGAUGUCUGUGGCUGCCCUCGUGGUGAACUUCUCACAGCCACGAGCAGGUCGUCCCUCUCUCCUGAGACACGAUGAGGUGAGGACUUACUUCCAUGAAUUUGGUCACGUCAUGCAUCAGAUUUGUGCGCAGACUGACUUUGCACGAUUUAGUGGAACAAAUGUGGAAACUGACUUUGUAGAGGUGCCAUCACAAAUGCUUGAAAACUGGGUGUGGGACACUGAUUCCCUCCGAAGGCUGUCAAAACAUUAUAAAGAUGGAAGCCCUAUUACAGAUGAUCUGCUUGAAAAACUUGUUGCUUCUAGACUGGUCAACACAGGUCUCCUGACCUUACGCCAGAUUGUUUUGAGCAAAGUUGAUCAGUCUCUCCACACCAACACUUCGCUGGAUGCUGCAAGUGAAUAUGCCAAAUACUGCACAGAAAUUUUAGGUGUUGCAGCUACUCCAGGCACAAAUAUGCCAGCUACUUUUGGACACUUGGCAGGGGGAUAUGAUGGCCAAUAUUAUGGAUAUCUUUGGAGUGAAGUCUUUUCCAUGGACAUGUUUUAUAGCUGUUUUAAAAAAGAAGGGAUAAUGAAUCCAGAGGUUGGAAUGAAAUACAGAAACCUAAUCCUGAAACCUGGGGGAUCGCUGGACGGCAUGGACAUGCUCCAAAAUUUCUUGAAACGUGAGCCAAACCAAAAAGCGUUCCUAAUGAGUAGAGGCCUGCAUGCUCCGUAAACUGGGGUCUUUGGGAGCAUUCCAUGUCUGGAAGACAAGUUGACAUCACCAUGUGUUACUGGCCUGGAAACUGAAGGGAGUUUUGCAAAUGAAAAUGCAGAUUUCUAUUGAUUUAAAAAGUUAUACAGAUGUAAAUGGAAUUAUAAAUACUGUGACCUAAGAAAAGACCCAUUAGAAAAUAAUUGUAUGAUAAAAUUUCAUAAAAAUGGAUUUGAUUUCUUUUUAUAAAAGUUUCAUAUGAAUGUGAUUUGAUUUUUUUACUCUUGUAAUCUAGAUAAUAUAAUGUAAGAGGGCCAAGAAUUUUUUAAUUGAAUCGUAUGCAUUGUAUAAUUUGACCCUUCUUAUAUCUUGAAGUUUUGUACUUGGGAUUUCUGAACUGAUAAAUGCACCAUCACGUUCCUCUGAUAAAUAUUUUCUUGGCGCAUCCACCUUGACUCUCCGUCUCCAGUAAAGUGUGACGUCUUUGCCUGCAUACCUCAGGGCCGGGGGUAUAUGCUUCAGUAAUGCAUUUAUCUUUGUAUUUCAGGCUUCAUGAUCCCCAACUUUCUGCUGCACCUAAGUCAGGCUCCUCCAAUUAGUUUAGUCUUUUCUAAGGUCCAGUCAGUACCAAAAAAUUAUGAGUUUUAGCUGAAAUGGCCUAAUGCAUAUUGUGAGUUUUUAUAUUUUGUUUUAGAGAAUUUUUUUUUUUAACAAUCUCAAAAUUUUAUUGUCUUCAUAAUAAAAGUAUGAAGCUCAGAACUGGAUCACUUGGCCCUUUCUCUUUUUAUCUCCUCCCAGCUCAAAAUGCUUGCAUCUCUUAAUAGCCAGCAUUCUCUUAGAUCUGCAGUUGGGCUCAACGCAUUCCAGCCUCAGCACAAUCUUCUUUGUAGUUUUAGCCUUUUUCCGGAAAAUUGGCUUAGUCUGCCCACCAUAGCCACUCUGCUUCCUGUCAUAACGCCGCUUUCCCUGGGCAUACAGUGAAUCCUUGCCCUUCUUGUACUGUGUCACUUUGUGGGGUUGGUGCUUGCCGCACUUCUUACAGAAAGUCCGGCGGGUUUUAGGAACGUUCACCAUGUUUGCGAGAGCACUAUCGGCACGGAAAAAAAGGUGUUUUAGAGAAUUUUGAAUCUUGGAUUAGAAUUUCAUUUCCACUUUAGCAUACAAGAUUAUUCGUUUUUCCACAUAUUCGCCAGUUAGAACACUAAAGCAAGUCCAAGAACAUUUUUCUCAGAGUUCCCGUCAUGGCUCAUCUGUAAUGAACCCAGCUAGCAUCCACGAGGACUCCAGUUUGAUCCCUGGCCUUGCUCAGUGGGUUAAGGAUCUGGCGUUGCUGUGAACUGUAGAUGUGGCUACAGCUGCAGAUACGGCUCGGAUCAUGCAUUGCUGUGGCUGUGGUGUAGGCUGGCAGCUGCAGCUCCGAUUGGACCCCUAGCCUGGGAACUUCCUUAUGCUGCGAGUGCAGUCCUAAAAAGCAAGCAAACAAGAAAUAUAUAUAUAUAUAUAUAUAUAUAUAUAUAUAUAUAUAUUUUUUUUUUUUUUUUUUUUUUUUUUUUUCUCCUCAUGCUUCUAAAAAGUGGUAGGAACUUCUCCAUUGCU